AUGAAAUUUGUCUCUAGUCUGUUUGUGUUGCUUAGCUGGAUGCAGCUAUUAUCUACCCAGGACACAGAAAUCCCUAAGUAUGGAGAUCUUAUAAUCCUGGUGGAUAGUUCAGACAGUAUGGGAUUAAAGACGUUCAAUCAGCUAAAAUCCUAUAUAUCAAGAAUAAUUGCUGAAAUGCAAAUAGGUGUUGAUCAUUAUCGCAUUGGUCUAAUACAGUAUAAUGAGGACAUUCAUGUUGGUUUCUCUCUAUCCGAAUUCAAGACAAAAAGCCCAAUGAUGAAUUAUAUAAAAAAUAGGUUUUUGUUUCAAGGUAGAUCAUUGAUGACUGGUAACGCCCUCCAAAAGGUCCAUGAAAUAAUUCUGGCAGACAAACAUGGAAGAGACAAAUCAAAGUACCCACAAGUUCUACUUGUGAUCACAUCUGGGUCCUCUAAUGAUGAAAUAAAUCCAUCAAUUUCUACUCUAAAACAGGACGGCAUUCGAAUUAUUACAGUUGGAGUAAAAGAAGCUUCUUUAGAUGAAAUGCAAGCAAUGGCAACUUCUCCUCAGCUUGCCUUUAAGAUAGCCAAUCUCAAAGACUUAAACGCAAAAGAUAUGGUUACCACCAUUCAAGAAGUAGUUGAGAAGACAUAUUAUGUGGAAGGAACACAAACACCUGUUAAAGCUAACACCCCAGUUAUGUCUGAACUUCUUAAACUUACCUCAUCUUUUGAUGUUACGCAAUGGACAAACACUCGCUCUGAUGACCCUUGA